AUGGUGAGCGAGCUGGACCGCAUGGCGCCGAGCUUCGAUGUCCGGGGCGACCAGAUUCGCAUCCUGAGGACGCCGGCCGAGUUUUACGAGACGCUCAAGGAUCGGAUACGGCAUGCCAAGAAGAGGAUAUUCCUGUCGACGCUGUACAUUGGCAAGUCGGAAAAGGAGCUCAUCCAGACGCUGCGGGAGGCGCUGGCGCAGAACCCGGAGCUCAAGGUGAGCAUCUUGACGGAUGCGCUGCGGGGGACGAGAGAAUCGCCGGAGGCUUCGUGCGCCUCGCUGCUUGCGCCGCUGGUGGAUGAGUUUGGAGCCGAUCGGGUCGAGAUUCGCAUGUAUCAUACGCCGAACCUGACGGGGCUGCGGAAGCAGUAUGUGCCCAAGAGGAUCAACGAGGGUUGGGGGCUGCAGCAUAUGAAGCUGUAUGGGGUGGAUGACGAGAUUAUCAUGUCUGGGGCCAACUUGUCGUCGGACUACUUUACGAAUCGACAGGAUCGCUAUCACCUCUUCUCGUCCAAGGAGGUGACGGACUACUUCCGGAGCAUCUACGAUGGUGUCGCCUCGUUUAGCUUCCUUGUGGAGCCUUCAAAGGAGGAUGCGGCUGGGUACACACUCUCUUGGCCGGCGACAAACUCUGCGCCAUCGCCUCUCGAGAAGCCGCAGGCUUUUGUCAAGAGAACGACAUCUGCGCUCCAGGGCCUCAUCGCCGCGCCGGAGAAGCAGCCGGGGAGCGAGCUCAAGGACACUCGCGUAUACAUGCUCACCCAGAUGUCUCAGGUCCUGCGCCCGGACACGUCGACGGAGCUUCCCGUGCUGACGCGCAUUCUCGAGAGGCUGUCCCGGCCGGAAUAUGCCGGGUCGUCGUGGACGUUUACCGCAGGGUAUUUUAACCCCGCGCCGUCAUUGACGAAGCUGCUCCUCGAGACGGCUUCGAGCAACAACGUUGUCAUUACGGCGGCGCCGGAAGCGAAUGGGUUUUACAAGUCAAAGGGGGUUUCGGGGCUUUUGCCCGAUGCCUAUGUGCUUCUCGCGCGCCGUUUUCUUUAUGCCGUGCAGCAGCGUGGUCGUGAGGGAGAUAUUACAUUGAAAGAGUGGCGGUUUGGAACGGCUGGUCAGCCUGGUGGGUGGACGUACCACGCAAAAGGGCUAUGGAUCACGAUGCCCGGCGACGCGAAUCCCUGCAUGAGCAUCAUUGGCAGCUCCAACUAUACGAAGAGAAGCUAUUCGCUUGAUCUCGAGGCCGGAGCUCUGAUUGUGACUCGGAACGAAGCGUUGAAGGCGAGGUUGGGAGAGGAGCAAAACUGGCUGCAGGACCAUGCGGCAAAGGUUACGAUGGAUGACUUUACGAGAAAUGAGAGGAGGGUGAGCCUCAAGGUGCGGAUCGCCAUGUGGAUUGUAAAGAUGGUGGGAGGUGCUCUGUGA